AUGUACAAUGUUUCUGAUGAUUUAGCUUAUGGUGAUCGUGAGGGCUAUAGAGUGCAUCUAGUGGCUACAGUCCUCCGCAAUUUGGUAGUUGAUAGCAGUUCUACUCUCCAUCAUAUUGUUGAACUGGAUGGUGAACUUGUUGAUGAGAGCACUGGUGUGUCCAAUUCAUUUCUUAUUGGCGAGCACAAGCAGGCGUUGCGAUUCAUUUUCCUCUGUGCCUAUGCUAAUCAUAGUGGUCUCCAGCACUUAGCUCUGGAAACGUUAUCUUUGCUUCGAGUUCCCCUUUUCCACAGCAUGGGAUCUGUUUUGAGAGAUUUGUUUCUCAACUUGAUUGGCAGUGAUGACAGAUCUAUGCUCAUGCGCGGUCUACAAAUGAUGAAAUCUCUCUGUGAGACCCCUCUUUCUACUACUUUAUCAAGUCUUCGACCUUCAUGUUCUGAAGUGACACAUUCUGGCAUGCAAGAUUAUGCUACAUUUCUGUCAUCUCUACCGUCUUCUGUAUUUUCAACUAUUACUAGCAUUCUUUAUCUUCGUGAUAUGCAUCUUGUUGUGCUAGCUAUGGAUACUCUUUACACCCUUUCCUGUCUCGGAUCUAAAGUAUGCCACUCUCUUUUGCGGAAAACUACCUCGGAUUCUACUUCGCAAUUUCAGACCCGCGUUGGUUUGCAUGAACCGGACACAGUGCUUGCUUCUCUCUUUUCAAUGUUAACACGUGAAGCUCAGGCUAUGGGGUCGGAUAGCUUGAUCCGAGUCCGUGUUAUGCAAGCUCAUGGCUCAUCCAGUCUACUUGGCGCUACAGCUGCAUCUAGGGCACCAAUUCCCAUUGUCCCUACUUCAAAAAAUAGCCUUAUCUCCCGUGAGUCUUCUAAGCCUUCCGUGCCUGCUGGCUCCGGUGAUACACUAAAAUCAUCUACAAAAAUGUCGAUUCCUCCACUAGUCCCUGUUACAAGGAGGUUGUCUUCACUGUAUCUUCCUACUUUACCACAUUCGCCGGGCCUAUCCACCGUCUCAACUCCGUCGGCAAGCGCGUCCCUCACACCGGGCCACGUCAUCACGGCUGUAACCUCAUCUUCCUCACUCUUUGCUCCAUUGGAAUCUGAUUCGGAAUCUGCGUCUGUCUCUAUCGUCACACCUAGCAACAGCCAAACUACAACUGCUGUUUCUGCCUCAUUUGUCACCGGUUUGGUCUCUUCUGGUCAACAUGUAUACCAUAUACAGCCAGCACAAUCAGGACUACAAUCUUCUUUCGUGUCUCCUCUAUCAACUCAACUACUGUCUACUGUACAGAGAAUGUUACCACAAAAUCUCGGAUCUAUUCACGCAAAGCCAUCUGCAAUCACCCUAUCUUGUUCUCCCGGUCAACUCUUGCAGAUCCGUUCAACCACUGGCUGUCCUCCUAUUGCAAACCAAGCUAUCUUUGCUCAAGUGCUAACUCCCAGCACCCCAUCAGCUUCCGUCAGCCUAAUUGUCAAGCCUGGACUUCCUUGCCCUCGCCUACCCACAAACUCCCAAAUGAUAGACCAAUCGACCCUUCCACCAGUUUUCUCUCAAGCAGUCAUCUCAUCCGAUAACUGUGUACAGACAAAUGGCAUUGCGAGCCAACCUCAUUUACUCCCUCAGCAAGGUUCUUCCUCUUCCUCGUCUCCAGUAACUCACAAGCGGUUCUUCUCGCUUUCUGCAGAUGGGUCACCGGCUAGAUUAAGUGGAGCGACUAUUAGUCUUACUUCUGAGGCUCGUCAGGAGUUCUGUUCCCGUUGGCUGCGUUCUAACUACGUUUUUCACAGCCUCUCUAGUGUACCUCGUGUACAGAUUUAUGCAGAUUAUCAGAAGGCAAUCCAGCGAGUGUUUGCUAGUUCUAAUUCUCUCAGCGCAGUAGAAUUCCAUAAUGAGGUCAAGUGA